AUGCUGCCGUCUCUCUGCACCACUCCCGCGACUACCAUGGCAUUUCUGGGACAGCUACCGACGAUAUACGAAAGACACAUGGGGGACUUACCGGGUAGAGCGCCUUCUGGCGAUUUGGCGAACCGCUCACAGGGCCAAAGACAAUCAAUACAGAGUCAUUACAGCGAGCACGAAGGACACCCGUUCUCCUUAAUCCCACUCGCCAAUUCGCUUCCCGAUCCGACGCACCAGAACUAUGGUCGUAUACCCAGAUAUUCCUCGGCGCUAUUGCCAUCACCGCUCUACCAACAAUUUCAAGAUGUCCCACGAUUCUCCGGACAGCCAGGAAUGAGUCAUACUAUGGCAGACAUGCAGUACGGGAUUGGGCCGAUGGUCUACCAGACUCAGUAUCCAGGGAUGUAUACACCUAAUCAUGUGCAACCACCGCACAACAUACAAACCACUCUGGGCGGCGGGAAUCAGUACUACCAAAGCCAAGUAUAUAUGGGACAGCAGCUGAGCCCAAAUUACCUAUUACAGCCGGGGCAGUACAGCCAGGUUUUCACAGUACCUGCCACAACCGGGCCAUAUGGUGCAAGAAGCGGAUUGUCAGGGGAUGUACGACUUCCGGGGCAACGCGCUCACGACUAUCUCAAUCUUUCGGGGUCUGGAACAACCCUACGAUCAAGUACUAUCGGCCCCAGUAGUCCAUCUACUGUUGUCAGAGGCCCGCCUCGAAAACCGCGUCGAAGUGGGCAUGCGAUUUGGAUCGGAAAUCUGCCACCUCAGACGGAUCUGAUGAGCCUCGUCCUCCAUAUCUGCAAGGAAGCCCCAGGCUUGGAGUCUUUGUUCCUGAUUUCGAAGAGCAACUGCGCAUUUGCGAACUUCAAGGAUGAGGAGGCCUGCUCUAAUGCACAGGCGAAGAUACAUGAAUCUAGGUUUCAGACAGCCAGGCUGGUCAGCCGACUGCGAAGGAAUUCCGUUGGUACUGCGACUGGUGUUGUGGUUCCUACGGGCCCAGCAGCUUUAUCUCCCCCAACGGACUCUUCGAAUACCCGGAGCACUCCUUUGGACAGCGACAAUAAUUCAAAGGAAGUGGACGGAGAAGUCGUUGGUGCUGCGGAGGUUGACGGAACAGGAUCUCCUGAAGAUAAGUUCUUCAUUGUAAAGAGUUUGACUGUAGAGGAUAUGGACCUCAGUGUGCGCAAUGGAAUAUGGGCUACCCAAUCACACAAUGAAGAUGCGCUGAACGAAGCUUACCAGACCGCUGGUAACGUUUACUUGAUAUUUUCUGCAAAUAAAUCAGGCGAAUAUUUCGGUUACGCUAAAAUGAAAUCCCCGAUCAACGACGACCCAGCCGCGGCCAUUGAAUUCGCACCACAAGCUCAUACGGUCGAAGACCCUGAACUUCCUAAAGCAAUACCAACCCCCGCUUCGGAAUUCGCGCCCAAGGGCCGGAUCAUAGACGACUCGGCGCGAGGUACCAUAUUCUGGGAGGUCGAAAAGGACGAAAUUGAUGGAGUGGAAGAGGAAGACGAGAGUCCAAGUAACCGGAGCGAUGAGGAAACAGAUUCGAAAUCCUCGUCGAAAGCAUGGGGUAAGCCAUUCCAAGUUGAAUGGAUGUGCACGGCCCGCCUCCCAUUCUACAGGACGAGAGGAUUGCGAAAUCCCUGGAACUCGAAUCGCGAGGUCAAAAUUGCGCGGGAUGGGACUGAGUUGGAGACGAGCGUUGGGAAAAGACUCAUUUCUCUGUUCCAUCAACUGCCAAGUCCUGUGGCGCCCAACAUGCCUACUGGUCCAUUGCACGGGGGCAUGCCCGUGAUAGGGGCCUAUCCUGAGAUGCGUCCAUUUCAGUAG